AUGCCUGCUGCCGGAAUUCCAAAAACCCUCGUUGAAACUGGUACAUUAGGAGAGCUGUGGGACAAGUUUGGAGUAAUCAGUGAUCUGAUUCCAUUCACAAACAACUUUCCACAAGCCGAUAUUCACCAGCUGAUUGCACCCGAUAUCUUGCAUCAAAUCAUCAAGGGCACCUUCAAGGAUCACCUUGUGGUCUGGGUGGAAGACUAUCUCAUGUUGACACAUGGAAAACGCGAAACCCUUCGCAUUUUAGAUGACAUUGACCACAGAAUAGCAACUGUUGCCUCAUUUUUUGGCCUGCAUUGCUUUCCACAAGGGCGCAGCUUCAAGCAAUGGAUGGGGGACGACUCCAAAGCCCUCAUGAAGGUUUACUUGGCUGCCAUCGAGGGUCACGUACCACAGGAUGUUAUUUUUAAAACUACUGGUGUUGUUGAUACGUUCUCACUGCCACGGCAACACUCCCUUGUCCAUUACGCCUAUCUUAUUCGACAAUUCGGUGCUCCCAAUGGACUCUGCUCAUCUAUCACCAAGAGUAAGCAUAUCAAGGCCAUCAAAGAACCGUGGAGGCGUUCAAGCAAAUACAAAGUGCUUGGACAGAUGCUUGUCACUAAUCAGCGUCUUGAUAAGCUGGCUGCUGUGCGUGCUGACUUUGCCAAUUGCAGGAUGUUAGACAGUACCUGUCUUGCAGCAGAACUUGAUGUGCUUGGCCUCAUGGACACAGAUAGUAAUGACAACCCCAAUGUCAAAGUCCAUCCCUUGCCCAGUAGUGUUGCUGAUGAAGUGCCAGUAGCAGUAGACCAUGGACCAACCGUUUUACAGACCCGCAGGCCAGACGACAACAGAGACCCAUUGGAAGUUCCUCUUGCUGGCUGUCCUAGAUAUGAAGGUUCUAUGCACCAAGUGACCUUAGUGGAGUUGGAGAGAUGCAAGUCGAGCAUAUUCAUGCUUGCCCUUUGUGGCGGAAUGAAGCUCCCCACAAUGACUGCAUUUUUGUCAACACAGGAACCAGUACAGAUGGCAUCCAAGGACUCGAAGUCACCAGGGUUCAUGCCUUCUUCUCAUUCAACUAUGGUGGGGAAGCCUAUCCAUGUGCCCUCAUGCGCUGGUUUGACAUCAUUGGAGAUGCACCUGACCUAG